AUGGCACCUUUGAGUCAGAUCAGCAACCACAUCAACUCCACCUGUGGGGCAGAGAACUCCACAGGGGUCAGCCGGGCCCGCCCACACACCUACUAUGCCCUGACCUACUGUGCACUGAUCCUGGCCAUCAUCUUCGGCAAUGGUCUGGUAUGCGCAGCUGUGCUGAGGGAGCGUGCCCUACAGACCACCACCAACUACCUAGUGGUGAGCCUGGCUGUGGCGGACCUGCUGGUGGCCACUUUGGUGAUGCCGUGGGUGGUGUACCUGGAGGUGACAGGUGGAGUCUGGAAUUUCAGCCGCAUUUGCUGUGAUGUUUUUGUCACCCUGGAUGUCAUGAUGUGUACCGCCAGCAUCCUGAACCUCUGUGCCAUCAGCAUAGACAGGUACACAGCAGUGGUCAUGCCAGUUCACUAUCAGCAUGGCACUGGGCAGAGCUCCUGUCGGCGUGUGGCACUCAUGAUUACAGCUGUGUGGGUGCUGGCCUUUGCUGUGUCCUGCCCUCUCCUCUUUGGUUUCAACACAACAGGGGACCCCAGCAUUUGCUCCAUCUCCAACCCUGAUUUUGUCAUCUACUCUUCAGUGGUAUCCUUCUAUGUUCCCUUUGGGGUGACUGUCCUGGUCUAUGCCAGGAUCUACAUGGUGCUGAGGCAGAGGAGGAGGAGACGGAUCCUCACUCGACAGAACAGCCAGUGCAUCAGCAUCAGACCUGGCUUCUCUCAGCAGCCCCUCUCGCCUGGCCAGACACGUGGGGAGCUGAAGCGCUACUACAGCAUCUGCCAGGACACCGCCUUGAGGCAUCCAGGCUUCCAAGAAGGAGGGGGCCGGAUGAGCCGGGCGAAGAGGACUCGGAACUCCUUGAGCCCCAACAUGGCCCCCAAGCUCAGCUUGGAGGUUCGAAAACUCAGCAAUGGCAGGUUGUCCACAUCCCUAAAGUUGGGCCCUCUGCAGCCUCGCGGAGUGCCACUUCGAGAGAAGAAGGCCACUCAGAUGGUGGUCAUUGUACUUGGAGCCUUCAUUGUCUGCUGGCUGCCCUUCUUUUUGACUCAUGUUCUUAAUACCCAUUGCCAGACAUGCCAUGUGUCCCCAGAGCUUUACAGAGCCACAACAUGGCUAGGUUAUGUCAACAGUGCCCUCAACCCGGUGAUCUACACCACCUUCAAUGUGGAGUUCCGCAAAGCCUUCCUCAAGAUCCUGUCUUGCUGAAGGAG